AUGCAAUUAGAGCAGUGCAAAGACAACGAGAGUGAAUCUAAUAAGUAUCAUGUCACAGAGACUGAUGGAGCAGUGGCGAGCGAGAGGAGCAUCCUGUCUGAGGCUGAGGACGGGGCCGAGAGGAGCAUCCUGUCUGAGGCUGAGGACAGGGCCGAGAGGAGCAUCCUGUCUGAGGCUGAGGACAGGGCCGAGAGGAGGAGCAUCCUGUCUGAGGCUGAGGACGGAGCCGAGAGGAGCAUCCUGUCUGAGGGUGAGGACGGAGCCGAGAGGAGCAUCCUGUCUGAGGCUGAGGACGGGGCCGAGAGGAGCAUCCUGUCUGAGGCUGAGGACGGAGCCGAGAGGAGCAUCCUGUCUGAGGCUGAGGACAGGGCCGAGCGGAGCAUCCUGUCUGAGGCUGAGGACGGGGCCGAGAGGAGCAUCCUGUCUGAGGCUGAGGACGGGGCCGAGAGGAGCAUCCUGUCUGAGGCUGAGGACGGGGUCGAGAGGAGCAUCCUGUCUGCUGCUGAGGACGGAGCCGAGAGGAGCAUCCUGUCUGAGGCUGAGGACGGAGCCGAGAGGAGCAUCCUGUCUGAGGCUGAGGACGGGGCCGAGAGGAGCAUCCUGUCUGAGGCUGAGGACGGGGCCGAGAGGAGCAUCCUGUCUGAGGCUGAGGACGGGGUCGAGAGGAGCAUCCUGUCUGAGGCUGAGGACGGGGCCGAGAGGAGCAUCCUGUCUGCUGCUGAGGACGGAGCCGAGAGGAGCAUCCUGUCUGAGGCUGAGGACGGAGCCGAGAGAAGCAUCCUGUCUGAGGCUGAGGACGGAGCCGAGAGGAGCAUCCUGUCUGCUGCUGAGGACGGAGCCGAGAGGAGCAUCCUGUCUGAGGCUGAGGACGGGGCCGAGAGGAGCAUCCUGUCUGAGGCUGAGGACGGGGCCGAGAGGAGCAUCCUGUCUGCUGCUGAGGACGGGGCCGAGAGGAGCAUCCUGUCUGAGGCUGAGGACGGAGCCGAGAGGAGCAUCCUGUCUGAGGCUGAGGACGGGGCCGAGAGGAGCAUCCUGUCUGCUGCUGAGGACGGAGCCGAGAGGAGCAUCCUGUCUGAGGCUGAGGACGGGGCCGAGAGGAGCAUCCUGUCUGAGGCUGAGGACAGGGCCGAGAGGAGCAUCCUGUCUGAGGCUGAGGACGGGGCCGAGAGGAGCAUCCUGUCUGAGGCUGAGGACGGAGCCGAGAGGAGCAUCCUGUCUGAGGCUGAGGACGGGGCCGAGAGGAGCAUCCUGUCUGAGGCUGAGGACGGAGCCGAGAGGAGCAUCCUGUCUGAGGCUGAGGACGGGGCCGAGAGGAGCAUCCUGUCUGAGGCUGAGGACAGGGCCGAGAGGAGCAUCCUGUCUGCUGCUGAGGCUCGGAGAAUCUAA